GAUAACGCUGGGUGGUCAGUCAGAAAUGGAAUGCGAGUAAGAUGGCUUUGGGUGGCCAUAUUUUUUGCCAUGCAAAAAUUUGACCUAGCUCCGUCAUGUGCUACGUAACACAAGUGCAUUGUGUGUACACCAAACAAUGGCACGGUCGUCGUCUCUUGUGGCCAAUGCUGGCCAGUCCCUGUAAUCUCCGUCUAACCAACAGAGCAAGUACGGGCACAUGCAUGAGCCACGGGCCCAUCCCCAUGUUCCUCCCUCCCUCCCUCCCUCCCUCCCUUAAUUGCAGCCUGCCAGCCUCAGCCAGCGUUCAGCUUGACGAGCUCAGCCCGGCCUCCUCUCCUUCCUUCCGACUCCUCAACCACUUCAACACUUCAACUCCCCGUUCUCCCUCUCCUUCUCUCCAUCUCCUUCAAGUCGUUCGAGCUCGGGACCAUUAAUUCUCUCCAUUCCAUCCAUCGUCGCCCCGCUGCAUUCCCUCGAUCCAUCCAUCCAUCGACCGCCAAGAAAUGGGCAAGAAAGGCCUGGCCUCCAUCUUCUCCAGACUCAUCGUCGACUCCACCCCCUCCUCAUCCCCCGCCGCCGGCGCGGCAACCCCGCCGUGGCCGUGGCCCCCUUGCGGGACCAACCCGCAGACCGGCUCCUUCCGCGCCGGCGCCGGCGGCGAGGAGCCCUGCUGCACGACGUCGGCAGCAGCCGGUGCAAGCCGGGGCGGCGCCCCUGCUACGGCCGGGAACAAUAAGCUGAUGGCCCGCGGGGCGUCGCCCGGCGAAAUGUACAAGACGGUCAACUCGGUCUACUUGGACGACCCCGCCGCGGACGUCGACUUCUUCUCCCUCGCCGGCGACGAGGUGGAGGAGGGCGAUGAGCUGCUGGACGACGUCGACAGCUUCUCGACCACCACCGCGUCCGAGGAGUGGUCGGAGGCCGUGAUCCGCAGCCUCGGGCGCACGUCCACCGACCGCUUCUUCUUCGACCCGGGCCCGUUGCCGGCGUCCAACUCCAUCCUCGCGACGGCCGCCCCAUCCCCGGCGGAGGCGAAGACAGAGACGAAGACGAAGACGGUGACGACGCCGCCCGACACAGACGACGACGUCGACGACGCGAAGCCGUGCGCGCCGUCGUCGAAGUCGCUGGCGGAGGGCAGCGUGGCGGUGGCGGUGGACUCGGGCGACCCGUACGGCGACUUCCGCGCGUCCAUGGAGGAGAUGGUGUCCGCGCACGGGCUCCGCGACUGGGCGGCGCUGGAGGAGCUCCUGGCCUGGUACCUCCGGAUCAACGGCAAGCAGCACCACCACCUCAUCGUGGGCGCCUUCGUGGACCUGCUCCUCGGCCUCGCGUCGUCCUCCCCCUCCGACACCGCCGCCGAGACGAGCACGACCAGCAGCAGCAGCAGUGGCAGCCGCUGCACCACCAGCACGAGCACGAGCACGGCGGCCACUACCACCAGUGCCGCUGGCGACGCGACCACCGCUUCUGCUACAACUUUGACGACCGCAGCAGCUGCGGUGGAGCAAUGCGGCGGAGGAAACGAAGCCGCCGCAUGUUGCUCCUCGUCGUCGUCCUCGUGCGCCGCCGGGCCCGACGUCCAGGACGACGUGGCGGAUGAGGAGGAGGAGGAGAAGGCGAUCGAGUAGUGCUGCCACUGACACCGGUGAUGAUCGUGCUCGUGCCAGUGGUGCUCCCGGCUCCCGCUGCGGCUAGUGCUCCACUGCGUGCCCCGCAAUCGAUCGCCUAGCAAAUCUCUCGAUGCCUUCCUGCCGGUGCCGGUGCUGGUUAGUGUUUUGAUGAUUAACCAAGCAAAUUAACGACAAGACGAUUAGUAGUGUUUUUUUUCUUUUUCUCGAGUUCUUUUUAUUUUAGUGGUAGCAGGCAGUAGUAGUAGGUGGGAAUGGGAUCGGCGGAGGAAGGAUCCAAUGCGAUGUGUAUGAUAGUGCAUUAAUUGCAUGGGAAGCGACUAGCGAAGCAAAGCUCGUUGCUGACAAUUCAAUACGGCGAGAGCAGCUUAGCUUCAGGAACAAUUCAUGGAGAGCUCCUUUACUAGUUACUCACAUUUGUAGGCGUCACAGUAAUCUCAGGCUUAUCCUCUUAA